AGUUACUAAACAGUCCAAUAUUUUAAUUAUAAUUAAACUCUAAAGACAUGAUCAAGUCAUUUAAUUUAUUAAUCAUAAUUUUACUAUUGGUCUCUUAUUCGAACUCGUGUUCUGACAAAACAAAUGACAUUCACAUUCUAAUAUCAAAUUUAGAAGAUGCAGGCACUGUGAUGGAAAUGAAAUUAAGAAUUCAAUUUUAUGGAUUUAUUAGUGAUAGAAUGAAAAGCGUUGGUACUCUUUUGAGUGGUCUUAAAACUUUGCAGAAUUUAUUGCCGACAGAUUUAUGUAAAUAUCAAUCGGUUGAAGUUGGCAUUAAUGUGGUCCAUGCUAUGAACACCUUUAUUGAUACAGUCAGAAAGAAUUUACUGUACGCAGUAAAAUCAGCUUUAGAUGAUGCAAGAGAUGAUCAAUCGAACAGUAUGUUCAAUUUCAUCAUUUACUUUAACGAUCUAGUCGAUAUGAUUGGAAUUCAAUCGAAAAGUUUAUUUAAUGAUGGAAGAGGCUGUGUAAUGGAUAUGGAAGGAGAAAUAAAAAAAUAUAUGGAUGUAAGCUCAAAGAAGGUUGUCGAAUGUUUUCAAAAUGUUUCCAUAUCGCGUCCUAUAAUACCCACGAAUUUUAAAACUCAUCAAGACGACUUGAAUACAGCAAUGCGAAUGAUUAAUUAUAAGUUGAGGGAACCAUUCUACUAUAUUUGGAUGUACUCAACGAAAUUACAAAAUGACACAGCUGCAGAAAGGUUCAACAAAUAUUGUCAGAGCAUGUUCCCUACUAUUUUGGAUAUUGGCAAGAAGAUAUCAAAAGCUGGUCUCGAAAUCAUAAAUGCACUGGAAGCUAAUAACAAUUCAUUUAAGUCAUGCUUAAAUCGUCUGAAUGCAACCUUUAUUACUGUUAAACAACAUGAGAUUCUUAAUCAAGUUAAUGACGUUUGCAGCAUGGCUAAUGUAUGAAAUUGUAAAUCUAUUCAAAAAAAUUUAAAUAAAUAUUAAGUUUUG